GACUUAAGUCAGCAGUCUGAAUGGCUGAACUUCAGUGAAAAGCUGUGAAACCUCCACAUAUUGACACAUCCCCCUUUGCUGAUUCAUUGAUCUACAUGGUUUAAAUAGUGGGAGGGCAGCAAUCCCUUCCCAGAUUAGUGGAAGCUGGACACAGGAUCACAUCAGCAUCUGUGCAGGACUGUGUAACACAACCAGGCAACCAUGAAGUGGAAAUUUCACCUUAUCGGAAUUUUCUAUAUCCUGCCUUUAAUUUCUGGCCAAUGCCCACAAGAAUGCAGAUGUCCUAGACCUGGACAAGUAGACUGCUCCGGAUCCGAUAUCUUAGAAUUUCCUAGUUCUAUUCCAUCAAAUAUUAGAAGUCUACAGAUAAUGAAUACUGAAGUUACUGAGCUUCAUGAUGGUGUUUUAGAAAACAUGACCGCACUGUUAAUUCUGAGGAUUGAAAAAAAUGAACUGGCAACUCUAGGAGCCAAAGCAUUCUCCAACCUGAUUUCUCUUCGUUAUCUUAGUUUGGCCAACAACAGACUGCAAGAGUUAACUGAUGGCUUAUUCAAAGACCUGACCAAACUAGAGACUCUUAUUUUGUCAAAUAACCAAAUUAACCAACUUCCCUCCAUGUUGUUUGCUCCUCUAAUAAACAUAAAAGAACUUCAAAUAUUAGGAAAUGAACUGAGAUCUAUACCUGAUGGUGCUUUUGAUCAGAUGAAUGGGCUUACCAAACUGAAUUUAGCCAAAAACUAUCUUGAACAUCUGCCCCCCAAAAUUCUGGAUAAAGUUACUAAACUUCAAACCCUUAGGCUGUAUGAAAAUCAACUCGUUGAUAUUCCUGAAGGAUUGUUGAAUAAACUCAAUAGUCUUCAGGAAGUUGCAUUACACAGCAACCAAAUCAGAGAACUGUCAGCAAAUACAUUUUCCAACAACCCAAAUUUACAGAAAGUCUUCUUAUCAAAUAACAAGCUUUCCUCAUUGCCCCAGGGUUUAUUGGUGAACCUGCCUGAGCUAUCCAAGCUAACAUUGCAUGGAAAUGAAAUAAAGGAGAUUACAAAGGGGGUCUUUGGGCCACUGCCAAAGUUAAAGGAGCUGUGGCUAUAUGAUAACCAGCUUGAAGUACUUGGAGAUAAUGCAUUUGCAAACCUAACUAACACUCAGCUGCUUAUUAUAAGCAAAAAUCAGAUCCACACUAUCUCCAGAGAUGCUUUCAAUGGGUUAGAUGAGCUUCUGGAGCUUUCACUUCACACAAAUGCCUUAACUACUUUGGAUCAAUAUAUCUUCUGGAGAUUACCCAAGUUACAAAAUAUUUCCCUCCACAGCAAUAAAAUAGAAAGCCUCCCGGCAGGCCUGUUUAGAGGUAUGGACACUUUGAUGACUGUACAGUUACAAAAUAACUCCCUACAGAAUCUACCAAAAGGUAUAUUUGAUUCUUUGAUACACCUAAAUGAAGUCAAACUAAACAACAACCCAUGGAAGUGUGACCUUGAUCUCUUACCCCUCGCAAACUGGAUUUCCCAAAAUAAGCACAAAGUUGGAAACCACAGUCAGCUUGUGUGUACCAACUCACCUUUGAAGGACAUGCCUAUUUCGGAAUUAAAUGAGCAGGAUGUAGAACUUCUGACAUUAACCUCACUUCCAGAUGUGGUCCAUUUCACACAUAAAACUGAAAGUUCUACUGAUAAAGUUCUGUUGACCUCAAAAACACCAAACAUAGAGGAUGCAACCUUUAUGGACACCACACCAAAUAUGAUUUCAAGUAACACUGCAAAAGUAAUACCAACAAGCAUGCUUCCCGAUUAUGAUGAUGAAGAAGAAGAGGAACGUGGGGGAAACAAGUUAGUAGGGGUCGUGAUUGCCAUAAUAGUUUUGGUUUGCAUCGCCCUGAUUUGCACAGUCAUCGCUUGUAUAGUAUACAACAGAAGGAAGAAAAACCAUGUCGUACUUAUGAGAAUGAAACAACAGAAUGAGUUGAGGAAAGCAUUGGUCAGAGCUGUUCUCCUCUGUGCACUGCUCGAUCUUCAUUCUUGGUGGGUGCAGAGCUGCUCGUCCUCGUGUAUUUGCUUUAAGGAGGUGAACGUUUUCUGUUUCAGCAAGACAAUUACAGAAGUUCCCAAAGACAUUCCCCUCCAUACCAAGGAACUUAUGUUUUUAGAAACAUCCAUUGAUAUCAUUGAAAACAAAACAUUUGGACAUUAUCAGGGUUUGACAAAGCUGGUUUUGUUGAACAAUAAGAUACAUUAUAUACAUGAAAAUGCAUUUAACGGGCUACAUUACCUGAAAGACCUGGAGAUUUCAGCCAAUCCUCUAUCAGAAUUAAAUGUAUUCUUAUUUAAUGGACUAACAGAACUUCAGAAACUCACCAUCACCUAUAAUGCAAUACAUGAGAUUCAAUGUGGACUCUUUCUUUCUAAUAAGAGGUUGGAAAUUCUCUCCUUACAAGGAAACAACAUUUCUCGUAUUUGCAAGGAUGCCUUUCAGAAUCAAGUGCGUUUGUCAGAACUCAAUCUUAGUUCCAAUGAUAUAAGAUCAUUUCCAGUGGGUCUUUUUAAACCACUACAAAAGCUGAAAAUUCUCAAACUGAGUAACAACCAAAUUAACAGGUUAAUGCCUGACAUAUUUGACAACUUGUUAGAACUUAAGGAGCUGUCGUUAAAUGGGAAUCAUUUUACCAAUAUUCCAAGAUACACUUUCCAAUCAUUAAUUUCUUUGGAGAAAUUAAAUCUUAUGGGCAAUUUUAUUAAGAGUCUUUCUCAUGAAGUCUUCUCCACUUUAUCAAGUCUCUCCAUGCUAAAUCUAGAAAGAAACCAGCUCAGGGCUUUACCCCUAGGGAUUUUUGAUGCUAUGAAAAAUUUAACUAUGUUGUCAUUGGGUGGGAACAGGCUCCAAUCUAUUCCAGACAACAUUUUUUCCAGCUUAGUCAAAGUUGAAAAUAUAGUUUUGUCGCACAAUCAAAUUGAGAAGCUGCAAACAAAUGCAUUUCAUGGUUUGGAAUCUGUUGUUCAUCUGCACCUUGACAAUAACAGCAUUGAUUUUAUUGAUAACAACAUAUUUAGCCAAAUGACUACUCUGAGAGUCAUUACGCUCCACCAGAACCAGCUGGCAAGGCUUCCAGAUGGCGUACUUGAUCCACUCUACAACUUGCAUACUUUGACACUCCAUAGUAAUCGUUGGGUAUGUGACUGUUCACUAUCAUAUCUUGUAAAAUGGAUAAAGAACAAUCAAGAUAUCGCCGACGUUUCCGAAACGGAAUGUGCAGAACCACUGCAUAACCAAGGGAAAUCAAUUUCCUUGUUACGUAUACAAGAUUUAGGCUGCCCAAUUAUUUUUGACUUUCCACAAAUCCAAAAAAGUGGACUUCAAGUUCCGAAGAGUAGUCCAGCCAAUCCUUGCACUUAUACUUUAAAAGAUGGAGUCCUACACUUUAGCUGUGAGUUGAUUAUAUGUAGCAAUAUGAAUAUUCAGGUGGAUAUAGUGCAGGAAUCGUAUCAAAGCAACUUCAGUCACAAUACUACUAAUAUCCAGAACAUCUGCACUGUCACUAAACUUAGUUUCCUUGUCACACAAGUCAUGAAAAUGACGAUGGUAAUCCAUUGGAUCUUCCUUCUGUCCUUACUCGGAGCAGCUGAACUUAAUGCAAACAACUGUGAGAAUGAAUACGAGUGCCCCAAAGAUUACCAGGAUGUCUACUCAGAUAAGACAAUGACUGAAAUACCCAAGUCCAUAAAGCCAAUAAUCAGAGAAAUCUUUUUUGUACAAACUUUAAUAUCAAUUAUCAGAAAGGAUGCAUUCAAAUACAUGGCUAAUUUGGAAAAGAUUUUCUUUAUUAGUAACAAGAUUAAAACAAUUCAAGUAGGUGCCUUCCACAAUCUGCCAAACUUAAUUGAACUAGAGAUCUCUGCCAAUAAGGAACUGGAGAUACUUAACUUGGGGAUAUUUGGCAACUUAAAUCACUUGAAAAAACUUGUCCUUAAAAACAAUAACAUAAGCCAGGUGGAGAAGAGAAUUUUUGAUAAUCUCGGAAAACUAGAAGAACUUUAUUUAAACAUCAACCAAAUCCCUUUCCUUCCUCCUGGAUUGUUUGACUCACUUGGUAACAUAACAAUCGUACAUCUUGCCAAAAAUAAAUUAUCGACGUUACCCAAGGAUUUUUUUUGCAAACUGCCCAAACUAGAAACCCUCCGUCUGUACGAGAAUGAGCUAACUGAUCUUCCAGAAAACUUAUUAGACAACAACCCAGCACUGAUUGAAUUCAGUGUCUCAAAAAACAAAAUUAAAGUAUGGCCCAAAAACAUUUUGGCUAAAUCUACAAAUAUCGAAAAACUCUUCUUGGAAGAUAACCUUAUUGAAGAAUUGCCAGAUAACCCAUUUUUUGGUUUGAACAAAAUGAAACAACUGAAAAUGAGUGGCAACCAACUUCUAAAGCUCCCAGAUCAACUGACUGAUAACAUGCCUUUACUUUCCGAACUCGAUUUGCGACAGAACAAUUUAACAACAAUGCCAAAUGGAGUAUUCAAGAAUAUGAAGUCGUUAAAAAAGCUCAUUAUAUCCUCUAACAAAAUAGACACUCUUAAAAAGGAGAUGUUUGCUGGCCUCAAUCAGCUGACAGAGCUGAAUUUAGAAAGGAAUGACCUUACAUCCUUAGACCAUGAUACCUUUUCUUUGCUUCCAAAAUUGAAGACCCUAAGACUUGGUAAAAACAGGUUUACGAACCUCCCUGCUGCUAAUGUUGAUUCAUUGGCUAAAAUUCCAAGCAUAUAUUUAAGGGAAAAUCCUUGGCGGUGUGAUUGUCAGCUUGUGACAUUUUUCACUUGGGUACAUAAUAAUAAAAAAAUAGUCAAAGAUGCAGAUAAACUGGAAUGUUAUAGCCCACCCCACCUCACUGGAAGAACGCUCAUCUCCUUAAAACAAGAUGAAUUGGUAUGUGUGACCACUAAAGCUGAAACAAUUCUAACAACAGUGGCUACUACACAUAUUCCAAUAACUACCAGGGAAGCCACUACCACACAUUAUCCAACCACCAUGCAAAGCACAAAAUCCAUGAAGGUUACAACACAACCACAAACUACAACUGAGGAAGUAACAACUCAAAUGUCAACUAUAAUGCCAACCACAGAAGCUACCACUAUGAUACCAUCAACUCCAAAGCUAAACAACUUGAUAAUAACAACGGCUCAAGAAACCACUAAAGUGACAACUAAGGAAUUAACUAGUUUGUCUACUGUACAAAGUACAUCUAUAAAGCAAACAACUGUUCCAUUGGUAACCACUGUUGAAACUACCCCAUCAUUUGAAACCACAACAUCUCAAUUGACCACUUUUCUACAAAUGACAACUACAGAGACUACAACUUCCUUCAUGUCUACUUCAAACGUAGAGACAUCUAGUGCUCCACUUACUACAACCGAAGAACCUACAACACAUUUAAUGACUACCACAAACGCAAAAACAUCAAGUGCCCCCCAUUCAACAAUCAAACAGCAUACAACAUCUUUAAUGACUACCACAAAUUUAGAAACCUCAAGUGCCUCCCAUACUACGACUGAAUUGCCCAAAACAACAAGUUUGAAGACUUCUACAACCAUAGAUACAACAACUGAACCGCUGACUACGACACACCUAAAUAUUAUAAUUACAGAGCCUACAACGGUCCCAAACAGUGAAAGUACAUCAUUAAAGCCCAGUACAAGCUUGCUGACAUCUACAACUCAAUUUCCCUCAACUACAGUGCAUUGGAAAGAGGAGAAACCUACAACUGAAGUGGCAACUACAUUUAAAAUAGCAUCAACGUGUCCCACAAGCAACAAAAGUACAACUACAGCCAUAACUUCCGCCAAAGCCUAUAGUACCCAAGCAACAACACAAUAUAUGUCUACAACUCUUCUGGUAAAAUUCAUGUCGACAGAGAUUGAUAUAAGCCUACCGAACACUACCCCAUCCAUAGAUACCACAUUUUCAUCUACAAUUUCAUUUUUUAUCACGGGAACCACCAUGUCCUACAGAGAAGAAGACAAUGCAACAGGGUCUGCUUCACAAUCGCUCAAAGCUUGGAAUACUCUUUUCGGAGAGAAUUUUCAUCACUGCCAAAUCCUCCUUAUCUCUUACCUUGUCUUGUUGUGCAUACAGAUCUCCUCAACCAUCUUUUUAAUAACAUUUACGUAUACUCUACAUAAAUCUAUUCGUAGUGUAAAGGUACCAAAACGCCCUGUUAGGCUUGUGUGGAUCUAUAUGAAAAAAGAGAAGACAUAGAUGAAAAUAUUCAAACAUUCAUGUUGAAAUAUCGCUUCUCUUCCAGUUUCUUACAUAAAACUUGGAGAAAAUAAAGACAGUACCAGCAGCAAGCUAGCUCCUCCAGUUAUUGAAGUUAGCCUUCAUAAUGCCCUCCUUUGGCAAUAACUGCAUCACGGGUAAUAUUAGUUGUUGAAUUGUGUUGCCCAAUGCAGAAUUGGUCAAAAACGCAUGUAAACUAUUUUCACCAGAGCCAUUGACACAGAUGGAAAACGGUGUUAAUUGCGUAUAUAUUGAUUAGUGUCAAGCUUUUAAUUGUAAGGACACCAAUUUUAGCUCUUUGCACUGGCCAGUGGAUAACUGAGAGUCAACUUAUUACAACUUCUAACGAAACAUAUUAACAGCUGGGAAGGUUGCUAGGAACAUUGGGUGUAUUUGUAUAGUCUAGUAGGAACCAGAUGUCAGUAGAGAUGUUUACUCGUAUUAAUAUGAGCUUUGAGGUACACUUUAUUUUACAUUAGAGCAGUAGCCGAUUUUAACAAUACAAACAGUAUUAUCACAGAAAGUUACCUGAUGACAUCUGUAUUGCUGUAUUUUAUCUUAAACACAAUGUUUUAUGAUGUAGCAAACACUGUAUAUUCUUCCUCUGUUUUUCAUUCUGCCUCUUUCAUUGCUGAUCUGUGUGCAUAAAUAGAAUUAAUCUCACUAUGAGAAUAGGCAUGUCAUUUUUAUUAUUAAUUUAUUGUGAUGCAAAUUAACAGGGGGAUCUGAUUAACAUUUAAUUGCAUGUCUAUCUUAUUAGAGGUCUCUGGCCAUCAACUGUGAGGUGGGAUAACCUUUUCUUCAGCUGAGUGUUCCUAGAUGACCCACCAUGAGUAGGGACAAAAUGGACUGUUGUGUAGAAACUUUUUUCAAGAAUGUUAAUCUGCAUUUUUUUGUUCUUUUCUCAUGUUAUGCACCUAUAAAGCUUCUGUUUUAACAAGUUUUGUUAUUAAUAGAUAAAGUAAUUAUAGAAAGUAAACAUAUUGUAAAAGUUAUGAUCCAUA